ACGUUAUCGCAAGCCCACCACAUAUGAUAAAAAGUACCCAGUUUAUGUUUGCAUUUCCAACAUCCAAUUGACAUAUUUGGAAACAUCUUAGCUAAUCUAUUUGGCAACAGAUACCAUCUAUAAAGCACUUUGUACAGGUUUUCUCUAUACGAAGUUGCUAAUGUUGCCUUGAUAUUUCUCUGCCACAGCUUUUGCCAUUUUUCUAAUUCAAUAUUAUAUCCAAAGUUUUGUGCUCACAUUAUCAUAGUUUCCUUAACCUGUUCGUCUUCCAUUCUCCUAUCGAGUAAGAAAUUAUAUAGCCUUUUAAUCAUUUUCUCAUCUGAUUUAAGCAUCACUUGCUCAAAUCAGGCUGCUUUUUGUGUGUGGCUCAGGGGACUUUUUAAAUCUUGCAGGAGAGAAUUUACUUCAAAACAGUUCUAGGGAAGGCAGUUGGAAAAAAGCGAACCUCCAUUCUCUAUAACAUCAUUAAAUUUAAAAGUCGGUAAAUAGCUAACAAAUUUCCAGAAUGGGUAACUGGUCCCUGUUAAAAGUCCUUCACACUCCCCCGCUGCCGGCCCUGAAAGUGUACCAGGUGCCUAGAGAAAAAGCAUAGCUUUGCAAGCUUCUGAUUCAUUGCUGCAGUUCCUUAUUGGAAGCUAACGCUCUGGACUGGUUCUCAGGCUGCAGAAGGAAACAUGCCGUGAUUCCUCAGUGCUGCGUUUUCUGAUGCUUGUCAGCUGCUGAAUGUUCUAGUUAAGGGCUUCCAUCGAAUUAAUUCGGCCAAGGAAGCAAUGUCAAAUGACGAGGAACUUUGAAACUUGUUUUUUUUAAAGUGUUAAGUGGAUGCAUGAAAAUCAUGUUAUCCAGGCCUGGGGAUCAUCCUUCAGAGGAGAAGAAAUCAACCUGGGGCCCCAUCCUCUCCUACCUCUUCUUGCGCAAGCCCCACUGAAAUGAGCAGGAGCGGUACGAAAGCAGGGCUGACUCCUUUCAGUGGGACUUGUGCAAGACAACUCCUGGGCUGGCCAGCACUUCUUGGCUGCCCCAGCUUGGCGAAUUCUAAGACAUGGAGUUCUCGAGCUUAAAGAGGUAAGGCUGGGUAUAGCUGGUGUUCAGUGGCGAAGUUUUAUUCAGAAACCAAACAUGGAGUCCUGCAAAGCCAGCAGGGCAUUUGAAAGCUUUCCUAAAAUACAUUAAAAAAAAUAAUUCAGAAAAUCUGAUUCCACGGGCAACAUUGUGCCGGCAUUAAAGCCUGUUUGCGUCUGGUGGCUUUCAGUGGUGCUGAUGUGAGAACUUGCUUAACCCUUCUAUUGAACUGAAUGGGCCAAGUGCCCAGGACCCCAGGUGGUGCCAGUGAUCCAUUUGGGUCAACCUGGCGAGUGGUGGCAGCCUUGGGAAUGAGCCAAGGGGCUUCCUGGCACGGCCAACUGGAGGGCAUUUUGCAGUUUUUCCAUCUUGCGCAUACCCAGCCAGUUCUAAAUGAAGCUGAGUAGGCGCUUGUCUGUUGCAAAAAGAAAUCUUUUAGCAAUGUGCGAUCUUGCAGUGUUGGUGUUUUUACCGUAGCUGAUGUGUAAUUUUGCAUUUGUGUCCCGCAAACUUUCGCUUUGCCUUUUGGAUCAGUUUUGUUUGUGGUUUUCUGGAGCGAGUUGGGGAGGGUGAGAUGGCUUUGGGGAAGUGCUCCUGGCCACCGAGUCAUGCUUUUACUGGCGAACAUGACUAUUAUUUCUGGGCGAGUGGCGGCUUUAAGAAAAAUGCAGUGCACCCCAAACUUUUACCCCUCCCCUCAAACGUCUGUGCAGUGCAAAUUUCCCUAACUCAUCCCUCGAAUUGGAUUUGUUCUGUUUUGCAAUAUUGGAGACAUAAACUCGAAUCUCUCAAACUUCUUGGGUGCUUUUGCUUAUUUUGUUUCUUUCUUUGUUGUGAGAAAUGAUUUUGCUGCAGGAGGCAUUUCCCCUCUGCUCAGAGGUGAAACUUGUGAAUCUCUGAUUUACUCGUGGGCUUUUACAUGUUCCUCCGGAAGGCAGGUCCAGUGGAGGCUUUCCUGGGUAAUGCCUGGAGUGUGUCUCCCUGCCUUCCCCCAGGCCUAGAUACCCUCAGUUCCCAGGCCCAGUGUCCCUCAGCAAGCCGGUUAAGGAAAGGCAGAAGUCGUGCAGCGGGAGAGAAGCGGGGUGUUGUCUAUGACGUUCCCUUUCUGAAUUUUGUCCCAGAUUCCAAUAACCCAGCUGCAGUUGGGCAGCGGUGCAGAUGUGCUCGUAAUCUGUCACUCUCCCGCGCUUGCUUCCAGAUGUUGCUCAAACUUCUGGGCAUGUGAUGCCUGCCGCGGGUGUUCGGCGUUUGCCUCCACACGACCGCUGUGCCUCUGCGUCCGUGCGCCAUUUUGCGUGGGAGUGUGGGCAGGAAUUGCUUGCAAGGACGCCCCUGCACAGAUGUGGCUGUGGACGUGGCAACCUGCAGGCGGGAUGGAAGAGGCGGAGGUGCAGGCAGGGCGGUCUCAAACUGAGCCCGCACCAGCUCCAGAGAUUAAAGCUAGACCUUUCCCGGGUGGGCUGGGACUGGGGCAGGUGAGCUGACCCGUGGAACGGCAGCAAAGACCAAAUGCCAGGACUUCGUUGCAAAGGCCGAGGGCUGCUUUAGGGUUGACUCGGCUCCUUGACCUCGAAAGAAGCAAUGAUCCCGAUUCCGUCCUUCCUUCCUUCCUUCCUUCCUUCCUUCCUUCCUUUUGGGGUCCAGGGCUGCCAAGGGUCCCUGGCAUUCCCACGGCGCAGGUGGGCAGCUGCCCCCAAACGCAGCCAGGGACUCUGCCUGUGCCGUGGGGCGCUCCCUCCCCACCUGUCCCUUGGGGGCGACCCCGGGCGCUGCUGUGUAUUUCGCCAGUCGGAGCUGGUCCCGCUUUCCUCCACACGCUCCCCGCUAGGCCGAGGUGGCCAGCCUUUUCUUCUUUCCUCCUGUUUUUUAACCAGCAAGGAGAACACGCAAGUCGUGCCGCUUGCAGUCAAGCAACCGAGGGCCAAGGACCAGUGGCUUGUCCACACAGGCCUGGGGGGCGGGGGCUGCAAGGAACUUUCUCGUCCUUUCAAGGCAGCGGGAAAUGCCCAGUUCUUUUAUGGCAAGGCUUGGGUAGCUUCCAGAGCAGGCGACAUUUGGCCUGGGGGGCGGCAGGGGGUGGAAGGGUGAGCAUGGCCCGCCUUCCCCAAGCCCGCUGGAGGGCACCAGGUUAGAGAAGACUGGGGCAGAGCCCCGAGCGGCAGGGGCUCGCAAUUCAUGGCUCUCUGCCACAGAGGAUGACCUCUUGGUUCAGGAAGCACCUUGUCCGGCAUGGACAUCCUGUCUAAGAGAAAGCCGCCCUCUGCUCCAGUUUCAUGGCAUCGCUCUUGCCUCCAGGACUGGUGGGCACGGGGGGGGGGGGGGGUUCUGCCAUGUGCGGCAGACCUCGCUCGUUCUCUCUGGCCUUCGGGGGCUUCGCUGCCCCCGCCUCUGCCGCUGUUUCUGUAGGAAGGGGUGUGCACCCGGGCGCAGAAUGGCGAGGCCAGGCAGGAGCAGGCAGCCGUGCUGUGCUGGGACAGCGGCAUCCUGGAAUAAUGUGGGAAUAGGGCUGAUGACAAAAAAAACAGUAAAAUGAAAAGCAUUGCAGAGCCAGCCGACGUAAUAUGAGGAAACACAUGCAUUUUCCGUGCCUGGCAGAGGCCGUGUUUGCCCCGGAUCUACAUGACCACAUUGUUUCCACGCACACGCCGAACUUCUCCGUUUUGUUUUGAAUCCGCCUUGGAUUCCAAGCACAUCAACACCCCACAUUUCCUGUUUAGAGCAGGUGAAGUGGUUCUCCCCCCUACUUGCAGCCUGAGGAAUCCGUGGGACGGAUGCAUUCUCACACUGCCGCUGCGUAUUGGAUGCGGCGUCUGUUUCCCUUGGCAAACUAAGGGCACAGCCCCAGUUUCCAGUCAAUCGUCUGGGCCCGGUUCCACCGGGAAUGGGAUCUGGCAGCCUCUUAGUGGGGUGCGUGGACUCCCCCAUCCUGGGGAGAUGGAAGGCGCUGUAAACCAAGCUGCCCUGCACUCCGGCGCCUCCCCCUCCACUCCCGGGAAGCACGGGCAGCAGUCAGGAAUUCUGGGAAGAAUCCCCUUCAUUACGCCGGAGAAAUGGUUUUGCCGGGGAACGGCCCCCGUGCCUGCGUCCAAGUUCACCCGGAGCAGGAGCUGGGCGCCAGGGCGGCUCUUAUGGCCUGGGCAGCUGGUGGGCACCCUCUGCCGCAGUGGCAGACGGUGCGGCUUAGCCCUUGCGCGGGGACUGGGUGCACCCUUAAUGCAGCGAUGCCGUUCACACCUGCACGGAGCGCUGGGCUCUGCAGGUAAACACCGAGCAGGGCGCCGUCACUCAGCCCUUGUCCUCUGUCACCGGUCGCAGCUGUGCGGACGCGUCGUGGGGAACGAAGACAGCUGUGUCUCAUGCUGGGGUGGAGGCCUCUGUCUGGAAAGCCAGCCUAAAAAUAAUUAAAAUAAAUAAACACGUCUUUGAAAAACAAGUCCCCGUGGACCUUCCUGUUCAACAGAUGUGCUCAUACGCCUCACAGGCUGCUGGAAGCUUUGCUCAACCUGGCACACUCAAGGUGUGCUGGAUAGUGCUCCCAUCAUCCCCUCCCAGCACGGCUAGGGGCCAUUGGCCGGGCUGGCAGGGAAUGAUGGGAAUUGCAGUGUCACACAUCUGGAGGCAUCAGCUCAGGGGAGCGUUACCUGCCGGCUGGCAGGGAUUCUCCGAGGCUUCGGGUGGAGGUCCUCCACCUUCUUCUUGGCUUCGGCCGUCUUAACUGCAGGCAGGCAGGCGGGCAGAGCAGCAGCCGCAGGGCCACCUGCCUGCGAAGCGCACGGCCUGUUGGUUCCCGCGCCAACCCCACGGCAGGCGGUUAAGGGGUGCGCAGGUCCGUUUCUCAGCUGCCUUGCUGGGUGGAAAAGCACCUUCAGGGGAGAUGCACUCAGACGGCUUUGGGGCGCUCCAGGGCCCUGUGGAGCUGGAGCCGGGGAGCAGACGAGGGAGGGAGCGCGGGAAGCCCCUGGAGGUUCCCCCUUCCCGACUCAGGUUUCCGCCAGAUGCCCCUCUCCCCCACGGCCCGGCCCGGCCCGGCCUCCUUUCAGUGCCUUCGGUGGAAGCCACGUGCCUUUUCCUGGUCGGAGGCAGACAAUAUCCAGCCUUCUUCUGUUGCGUUUCCUCGAAGCCAUUCUGUGCUUUGGCAGGAAACCGGAUCACGCGGGAGCCUGAGAGUAGCGCUGCGGCAGCCUGCAAGCCCCGGUCGGAGCAGCGAGGGGCGGAGGAGGGGCCGAGUCGGGGAGCGGAGCUGCUUUGCGCUUCUCCGCCGAUGCUGCCGCCUGCUGCCCGCCCCGUCCAGACGUGCGUCCCGGCCCGGUGAUCUCCCGCGGCGAGCAGGGAAGGCCGCCCGGCAGAGGACGCCCGCUCCCUGGCAGUGGGGGCAGCCAGCGGUCCCAGGCCCAGUCUUCUUGCCCCGUGGGAGCAUCGCGGCGUGUGUCGCAGCCACUUUCUGGGGAACCACGAGGGAGUUUGCCUGGGCACAGCUCAGGGUGCCCGCCAAGCUCCCGCAAGCGUUGGCCCUUCUGGACCAGGAAUGGCCCUCCCGCAGUCCGGGGGCAGCUUCGCAAGAGACCGUCCGAAGGGCUCCGCUUGGGUUCCUCUGGAACGCACGCCAGGCUCCCUUUGUGGGCUACGCUCCCAGGCACAACCCGCAGCCCCCGCUUGGAGCCCGUGAGAUCCAGGAGAAAGUUGAGCGUCUGUGGGCGACAAAGCCCUCUUGGGUAAUAGGAGCUUCUCUGGUCAUGGAGGCCUCUGCCCUAUAAAGUAGCAUCGCUUCCUUCGAGGGAGGGCUCUCUUGCUUUGCCUGGGCACCCGCUUGUGUCUGAACAAAGCUUUAUUCUCCCAGGCCUUUAACAAUCUGCACUCUUGACUUUUAAGCCACUGUGCAUGUGUUCUGCAUACCCAAAUGAAGCAGUGAAGCUAGUCUGGGGAUAAUACGCUAUCUUUGAUCGAUUGACAAUUGCUGCAUCUCAUGCUUUGCGAGCUGCCCAGAGAGAAGAGGUAUUUGGCAGCCCUGUUGCUAUCUCAGAUGAAAAACAGGGUGUGUUCCCUGGAGAUUGCCUAAAACUCAUGGACUGGUUGUACAAAACUCAAAAAAAAAAAUUGGUUCCGGCCAUUUGGCGAUGGAGAAAACCAAUAAAUAAACAGUUCUGCGCAGGGUCCUUUGUAAUCUCAGUUUGCCAACACAAAGAAUGCUGGCAUAUUUUACCAACUGUUUUAAGAUGCAGCUUUCGUAGUAUGUUUAUUUGCUUAUUAUAUUUAUGGACUGCCUUUUUCCUGCACAGAAAAUUGCAGAAAUAGAGCAGUGAGCAAAUUUCCCCCAGUAUGUACCAUUUUCUGCAUUUUACAGCUUUUCUCCAUAGAUUACAGAGGGGAGAUUUGGCUGAACUAAGAAAUUUGUUUGUGUGUGUUUUCUGAGCAAAACUGACAUUCCCGUGCAGCCCAGAGCAAUUCAUUGGCUGAAGCCACGAUUGCACUGAAUUUCUCGGCCCAAGAUAUCUCUAUAAUAUCUUGGUGGACUCACACAUGAUGAGAAAUCGCCUGGUUAUUUUUACUUUCUUGGCACCAGGUUGCUGGGAGGCCACUAAAAUAUCUCCAUCUAACCAGCUUCUGUUAGUGUAAGAAUAAAUCGAAAUUAGGCAUUGCUAAGUCACCGGAGUAGUUUAAAGGCAGGGAGUGGGUUGGCGAGGCAGACUCUGGGAGCUUUCGGCUCCACCUGGAGAGUGUGUAAGUUGCAAACAUGAGUCUUGUUGCACCAGCUGAAGUGUGGGUAGCCGGUACACAACUGCAAGAUCGCUUUGCUACGCAUUCCUGAAAUGAAAGGAAUUGCUCAAACCAGACUUGGCGGCUCGCUAUGCAGGAGCGCCCUCUUGUGGUCAGAAAGCUGGCAUUCCCGCCCGGAAUGUGAAGGCGGGGCGCCCCCAGACAGAGGCACCCCGCAGCUCUUCCGUCUCUCUCCCUUCAUAGGUCUUUUGUUAAUCAGAGAGAAGGGCAGAAGGAGCCACGGGAGGCGAUGGGAGGGUUAUGGGUGGAAGAUGGUGUCUGGACAGCCUGUAGAACUUCUGCGAGGGCACCAUAAACGGUCCCUCUGGAGGCACCCCGGGGGGUGGCAAAUGGUGGCGCUUGAAUGCCACGAGGGUGGAGAAGAACAGGCGCCCUGUGUGAGUGAGGAGUGGUAAAGGGAGCCAGCCUGUCGGGUCGGUGAGCGGUCGCUGAGAAGGGAUGUUGGUGAUGUUGUGAUGUGUCGUUCGGUGGUCUCCGACUGACGGUGGCCCAUGAGUGAAAGUCCUCCAGGGUAUCCCAUCCAUGACCGUCCAGCUCAGCCCUUCCAAGCUCAAGGCUGUGGCUUCCUUGCUGGAGCCCAUCCCUCCUUAGCUGGCCUUCCUCCUCUUCCGCCUUCGCUUUCCCCAGCACGAUGGCCUCCUCCGUCAGGAUGUGCCCAUAGGACAACAGUUCGGUGUUGUUCCAGGGAAAGCUCUGGCUUGACUUCAUCCGGGACCCGCUUCCCAUCCUUCUGUCGGUCCAGGGUGCUCCCAGAGCACAGGUUCCAAGUGCAUCCGUUGGCAGCCCAGGUUCCCCUUGGGGCUUAGCCCCACUGGAUUUGCUGGUACUCUCUUCAGAGCGAGUCUCCGUCUUCCUCUUCAGCCUUUGACUUUGCCUAGCUUUGAUAUUGGGGAUAGAUAAGGGGAAAUCCCAGUCCAUAAGCAGUGGAGCCGUAGACCCUGCGGGCAGAGCAGAAGAGAGGCCCGCCGGUCCUUUGUGACUCUUUCGUGGAGCUCCGGCAAAGAAGCCCAAAGAGGAGGCGCCGGAGCGCGUACAGAGAUUGUCAAAGCUCUCAGGGGACCCUCUGCGUGGAACUGGCCCAUUUUAAAAGGAGGUCCUUCCUUGGCCAGGGAGAAUUUUUGCAAACCAAGGGAUGGCAGAAGAAGGCAAGAAAGGGAGUAGAACUCAUGGGGCCCAAUCCACUCUAUUUGCAAUGGAGUAGCUCACAAGUACGUGGCCUGACCAUGGGAAAUGGGAGGACGGGUUGAGAGCAAAGCACAGUGCUGCUUUUCUCAUAGCAACAACCCAUAGAAUGGGUUUGGUAUGGGCUAUUGAAUUAUGGGUUGUCAUCACAUAUGAACCCUGCACACGAUGAGGCAUGAACCAUGAACAACCUCAAGUCAAUAAGCCAGGAGUAAACGAUGGCUUUUUUUUGGCUGUUCAUGUUAAGCUAUAGUGAAGAUUUUGCAGGUAAGGAUGCCUCGUGAUUCAAACACAACCCACACUUCACCUGUACUCUGGGUUGUACAUACAAGUGAACCAGGCCAGUGUGUGAGAGAUAGUUCAGUCUUCCAAAGAUACCGGCUAAGCAUUUUGAAAGCUGCUGUGAAAAUCUACAAAUAUUUGCUCUCCCCCAUUGAGGCUUACAGAAAAGUAGAACUAGUUCUUCUGAAAAGGAGAAGUGGUAUUUUGCAACUGAGAUUGUAUGUUGGGCCUUGGAAGAGGCUUUCAAAUACCUACAUGGGUCUCUGGGCUCCUCUGGCUCCCUUGGCCUCAGCUUUCCCCAUCUGUAAAAUGGGCAUGAAUGUCCGACCUCCAUAAUUUUGUUUUCAAUGAUACGUGCUACAGAAAUCUAUAGAGAAAGCAAAUGCAGCCCCCACCACAAAGCAAUCUCCUCGGUUUUUAAUCGAUUUGCGAAAAGUAUCAGCAGCAUCGCUCUCUGUCUCUUACUACCCAGAUGUGAGGAAAGUGACAUUUUCCUGGUCCCAUGUUCCACUUUCAUGGGAAAAGGGGACUUCAGGUAGAAGUGGGUGAAAGAGAAAGGAUGGCCCAGGGAAUCGGACUUGUCUCUGGGACUGGAGCAGGACAGAGUGCCAGCGCCAGGCUAAUGCCCACCCUUCUCUCCCUGCCUCCCUGGCGCGCAGUUGGAUGCCACGGCCAGAAAAGAGAAGUAGGGAGUGGGUGGCAGUUUCCCCUUAGAAACUGACGGAAACUCGCGCCCUGGGAAGUGGGGCCGUUUGGCACCCACGUUGUGGGAACGCUUCUGCCAGCCUUACAGAAACUGGUGCUGUUUCUCAAUACACCGUCGCUCGGGUCAGUUUCUCUAAAAGUCUGAACUGGCAAAACUUCUUCCAGUAGCCCAGGAAGGCCUGUUGAUUCUGGGAAGUCCAGUGCAUUUGAGGUCAGUCGGCCUCCUGUACCCUUCCAGUGGGGCGCAGGCCAGGGGGGACCAUUGGGUUCCGUGCGUGCGCUUGCUUUGCUUGUGGUUUCCGUCUCUAAACAUUACAAAAACGCGAGGGAAUGUUGUGCGAAUCGUGGCAUUCUGCAAAUCGGCAUCCGAAAAGCGUUUGGUUGUCACACACUUGGGAAAAAUCACGUGAUGGCUGCACGCAUUUUGAGCGCGGCCUUGUGCAAAUGGGUCUGAGAUUCCCCAGAGGUCCCCAUUAGAACCGAGGAAGCUGCCUCACCUGGAGUCCCCCCAUGCGCUGGGGGACCUCGUGCACGCAGGGCUCCGGUGGGCUCAGGGCUUUACGGAGUGCAAAAGAGAAAGCGCUCGCCUCACGGAACUUGCGGGAUGUAAUUCUGACACUGGGGGGAAAGGAAAGCAGGGGAAGGGAAACAGAGCCAGUGGGCGAACAUACUUGGUUCCAGCUGCACCUGCUUUAGGGAUGGCUCUACCAUUCAUCCAACAGAAGCUGCGGAAGAAAGUCGAUCGGGCGUGCAGAGCAAAACUCUCCAGUGAUUCCUCCACUGUCGUCCCUACUGCAAGCCAUCCAAGCCAGACUGGUGUAUGCGAUGCUACGGCCUUCCCCAAACUAGGUCUGAAAGAAACUUUUGGACUCUGAACUGAAGCACAAGGACGGACCCAAGAUGGCCUCCCCGGCAGACAGUUGCAUCCAGUUCACUCGGCACGCCAGCGAUGUCCUCCUCAAUCUCAAUCGCCUUAGGAGCAGGGACAUCCUGACGGACGUUGUGGUCAUCGUCAACCGGGAGCAGUUCCGAGCCCACAAGACAGUCCUCAUGGCCUGCAGUGGCCUUUUCUACAGCAUUUUCACGGACCAGCUGAAGUGCAAUUUGAAUGUCAUCAACCUGGACCCCGAGAUCAACCCGGAGGGCUUCGGCAUCCUCCUGGACUUCAUGUACACCUCCCGCCUCAACCUGCGAGAGAGCAACAUCAUGGCCGUCAUGACCACCGCCCUCUACCUGCAGAUGGAGCACGUCGUGGACACCUGCCGGAGGCUUGUCAGCUCGAGUGACACGGAGAUGGUGCCCGGCGUGAAGACUUCCCGGGAAGACUUUCUAGCCAGCCGGAUGCUGAGCCACCCCGACAUGAUGACCUACCGGACCCGGGAGGCGCCCGAGAGCGGCCUGUCUCUCCGCAGCGGGCCGCUCUGCGAAGGGAGGGCCUUUGUCCCCGCCUUGUACAGCGGCCUGUCGGGGUCCCCCGUCUCCUACACUGGAUAUAACACCCUGCCCGUCAGUCACUACCUCUUCUCGGAGGAAGACCUGCGAGAGGCCCGGAUGCCCCUGCCGGACGUUCCGCGAGCCAACCCCUUCCCGAGGGAACGAGCCUUGCCGUGCAGCACCUCCCGGACGGGCGCUGCCGAAUACACCCGAUCCGCGGCCGACGUCUCCCCCAGCCUGUGCCACAACGCCGUCUUCUCUCCGAAAGAAGCGGCCGCCGAGGAGGCAAAGAGUGACAAGCACUGCGGCGCGGCCGCCGGGCACAAGCCGGCGGCCCCCUUGGCCCGGGGCAGCGCCUACUUCGCCUGCGACAAAGCGGGCAAGGAGGAGGAGCGACCCCCCGCGGGGGACGAGGUGGGCCAGCGCUUCGAGCCGUCCAACGCGCCCGUGAACCGCAAGGUGCUGGUCAGCCCGCAGAGCCCGCAGAAGUCCGACUGCCAGCCCAACUCGCCCACCGAGUCCAGCAGCAGCAAGAACGCCUGCAUCGGCCCGAGCCCCGGAGCCCUGUCGGCCAAGAGCCCCACCGACCCCAAGGCCUGCAACUGGAAGAAGUACAAGUUCAUCGUGCUCAACUCGCUGAACCAGAGCGCCAGGCAGGAGGGCCCCGAGCAGAGCGAGCCGGGCACGCUCUCCCCGCGGGCCUUCGUGCCGGCCCUGACCUGCCAGCAGUCGAUGGAGCCGGACGGCCUGGACGGGCACUCCCCGACCAAGAUGGGCCUCAGCGGCGAGGACUCCACCAUCCCUCAAGCCAGCAGGCUGAACAACAUCGUCAACAGGUCCCUGGACGGGUCCCCGCAGAGCAGCGAGGGCCAGUCUCCGCUCUACCUGCACUCGUCCAAGUGCAGCUCCUGUGGGUCGCAGUCCCCCCAGCAUUCUGAGAUGUGCCUUCACACCCCCGGCUCGAAUUUCGGAGAGGAAAUGGGCGAAACGCAAUCCGAGUACUCGGACUCCAGUUGCGAAAACGGCACCUUUUUCUGCAACGAGUGCCACUGCAGGUUCUCGGAAGAGGCAGCGCUCAAGCGACACGCUCUCCAAUCGCACAGCGAGAAGCCCUACAAGUGCGACCGCUGCCAGGCCUCCUUCCGCUACAAGGGCAACCUGGCCAGCCAUAAGACCGUCCACACAGGCGAGAAGCCCUACCGCUGCAGCAUCUGUGGGGCCCAGUUCAACCGGCCAGCCAACCUGAAGACUCACACACGGAUCCACUCGGGAGAAAAACCCUACAAGUGCGAGACCUGCGGGGCAAGAUUCGUCCAGGUGGCGCACCUCCGAGCUCAUGUUCUAAUCCACACCGGCGAGAAACCGUAUCCAUGUGAAAUAUGUGGGACGCGCUUCAGGCACCUGCAGACGCUCAAGAGUCACCUCCGGAUCCACACUGGCGAGAAGCCCUAUCAUUGCGAAAAGUGCAACCUGCACUUCCGCCACAAGAGCCAGCUGCGCCUGCACCUCCGCCAGAAGCACGGCGCCAUCACGAACACCAAGGUGCAGUACCGCGUCUCGGCAGCAGAGGGCACACCGGAGCUCUCCAAGGCUUGCUAAUGAUGGACUUCUUUUCACCACCGUGGGCAGAGGAAGAGGGGUCAGGCGGGGGGCCGGGGGCGCCGGGGGUCAUAUCCAAAGGAUACUUGUAACACUUUAAAAAAUUUUUUUUUUUCGGUUCGUUUUUGGUCACACAAUGGAGUGCCUCUAGAAGCCCAGAGUGCAGGCAGGGAGAAAAGAGGAGAAAAGACACGGGUUUAUGUUAUGUUUAUUUUAUUUUCAUUUCCCGAUUAUGUGAAUUUUAUAUAUAUAUAAAUAUAUAUAUAUAUAUACACAGUCCAAUCUGUGUGCGCGUGUGUGUGUGUGUGUGUGUGCGCGCGCGCAUCAUUGAGAGGUUGGCAACAGGACCGCUCUUUCAAAAUCUGUGCAGUGGUGUGUCAGAUGUGGAACCCUUCACAGCCAGAAGUUGAGGAAUGUAUAUUAUUUACGGGAACAAAUUUUAUUUCCUUUUAUGCAAAAUGGUGUGUUUUUAACAAAAAGAAAGAGAUUGUAUAUGCUAUAAGAAUGGAGAGAGGGCUUUAACUUUUUAACCAAAGGUGAAGGAAUUUAUGGCAGAGUUGUAAAUAUAUGAAUAUAUAAAAAUAUAAACCUUUAAAAAGAUAUUAUAUAUAUAUAUACAUAUAUAUAUAUCUAUAUAUAUAUAUAAACACAUUAAAGUCUCACAUUUGGUCUCUGCAGGCAGAUGACUGAUUGGAGAGACUUUAGUGUGACAGAGCACUUAACAAGAUAUUUUAAAAGUAUUGCAUCUGUAUUAGUGAGAAAAUAUUUUGUCUAAGAGCAUUGAGUGUGUAUUUGUAUUUUUUUGCAAGUGAAGGUUUACAAUUUACAAAAAAAGUGUAUUAAAACCAACAAAGCUGCAGAAGGAAUUUAAAAUAAUAUAAAGUGUAAUUUUGUUUCUGUGGGUUUUUUUUCCAGUCUGUAUAUAUGUACAAUAUUUGUUUGGGAUUUUAUUUUUGUUUUUCUCACAGUGCCUUUCUUUUCAGCUAAAUGAGAGCCCAGUUUGAGGUACGAUCCGAUGUUGCUAAGGAGGGGUCAGUGCAGAAUCUUGAUGGAGAAUGUCCGGGUUUUUUUCUUUUUUUAAAAUAAUAAUGAUAAUUUGGUCUCAUUUUAUACACUUGUGUUACAAUCAGUCAAUCUCGGGUGACAGGGUUUGGGCUGCAUCAAACUGCAUUAACGCGUUCUGUAAAAUAUAGCUGUACAAAACCGAAAAUAAAACAGCAGAAAGCAACCACGAGUACAA